AACUGACAGUACGAGUAUUAUUCUCUGGUCGUCGUCACUAAGUUCACACAAUCCACAUAAUAUAUCUUGACUUGCAGACUUGAGCAGCAGAGAUGCCGGACAAAGAUGCUUCGACACCGAGGGUCUUCCUGAUCCGACAUGGGCAGACUUUGUGGAGUAUGUCAGGCCAGCAUACCGGCAAGACGGAUAUCCUCAUGACAGCAGAAGGCGAAGACCAAGUCAGAGGGACGGGACGUAUGGUAUAUGGUAAUGGGAAACUGUUGGAUCCCCAGAAAAUAGCCAAAGUCUUCGUCUCGCCCCGGACAAGAGCAAUUAGAACAUACGAAUUGCUAUCUGGACGAAACGAUGGUUAUGAAAUCACCGAAUCUCUCGCCGAAUGGGACUACGGCGAGUAUGAAGGUCUCAAACCUGCCGAGAUCCGCUCAAAGCGAAAAGAGCAAGGUCUCGAUACCGAACGCCCUUGGGAUAUCUGGACCGAUGGCUGUGCAGGUGGAGAAUCGCCCGCGCAGGUCACGGCUCGCAUUGAUAGUCUCAUUGCUGAGAUCAAGAAGCUGCAAGCACCUCAUAUGAAGGAUGCUGAGCCGAAAGACGUCGUCCUGGUGGCUCAUGGUCACCUUACCCGAGCUUUUGCAAGGAGAUGGUUGGGUUACGAUCUAUCGUUCCCACUCUCCCUGAUGAUGGAACCUGGAGGUGUUGGUGUGCUCAGCUAUCAGCAUCACAAUGUUGAGGAGCCGGCACUUUUGCUUGGAAUUGGAUUUCCCUUGCAACAGUGAUGGCAUUGUCGAUUUUGCGAUAAGAAAUGGGACGUUGGCAUCGUCAUUGAAGUAUAGAUGAGAGCAAUCCGCAGUAGUUUUCUGCAUGUCGCCCUGGCCCCGUAGUAGAAUCCGUCCACUUGGUUCCUUGAGCUCAGCGUCCUAGUAUGGCGAGCAUGCGAGAUUAGAUGCUGUCAUCCAUCAUCGAGCAAUGAUCCACGGCCAUGGUAAGCGUAUAAUCUUGUCAACUGUGAGAGUGUAUGAAUCUCUCUGCAUGUCCUCAGAUUGUUCUGACGUCCAGAUUGGCUAUGUAAUGACAUUUAUUGGCAGUUAAGUGGCGUACAAGCCGCCAGCUUCAUGUUGGGCUCCCGAGCAUCGCAAAAGUGCCGAGGUCGGAAUAGCUACUAGGCCUCCCUUGCGAUGCGAAGCCGAUCGGCCCAGCGCAAUGUAGUUAACAUAUGGUCAUUAGACAAGGCGUGCCUGUUGCGGUUCUCUAUGACUCUAUGAGAGCUUGUUGUGAGGUAGGUAUA